AUGAGGGAGAUUGUGUACAUACAGGCAGGCCAGUGUGGCAACCAGAUUGGCACAAAGUUUUGGGAAAUGCUAAGCGAUGAGCACAAUAUUGACUGCACUGGCAACUACUAUGGAGACAGCCAUUUACAGCUACAGAGAAUCGAGGUGUAUUACGAUGAGGCAGCUGGGGGCAACAAAUAUGUUCCUUGGGCCAUCAUGGUAGACCUAGAGCCUGGCACCUUAGAUUCAGUGAGAUCAGGACGAUUUGGCCAGAGCUUUAGGCCAGACAACUUCACGUAUGGCCAGAUUGGGUCAGGCAAUAACUGGGCCAAGGGCCACUACACAGAGGGAGCCGAGAUGGUGGAAUCCGUGCUGGAUGUGGUACGGCGGGAGUCAGAAAGGUGUGACUGUCUCCAGGGUUUCCAGCUGGCCCAUUCCCUGGGAGGUGGCACCGGGUCAGGCAUAGGCACCCUGAUUCUCAACAAGAUCCUAGAGGAGUACCCAGACCACAUCAUGAACACCUUCAGUGUCAUGCCCUCCCCCAAGGUGUCAGACACCGUGAUUGAACCCUACAAUGUGAUCUUGUCUCUCCACCAGUUGGUGGGAAAUGCAAAUGAGACUUUCUGCAUUGACAACGAGGCUCUGUAUGACAUCUGCUCCCACACCCUGAAGCUGCCCACACCCACCUAUGGAGACCUGAACCACCUGGUGUCAGCCAUCAUGAGCGGGGUCACCACAUGCUUGUGCUUCCCCGGCCAGCUGAAUGCAGACCUGCGCAAGCUGGCCACGAAUUUCGUGCCCUUCCCCCGCCUACACUUCUUCAUGCCUGGCUUUGCACCCCUGACCAGCCACGCUAGCCAGCAGUACCAUGCUCUCUCAGUGCCUGAGCUUACCCACCAGAUGUUUGACGCCAAGAACAUGAUGGUCUCCUGUGAUCCCCACCAUGGCCGCUAUCUGACAGCGGCUGCCAUCUUCCGAGACCGCAUGUCCAUGAAGGAGGUAGAUGAGCAGAUGCUCAACAUGCAGAACAAGAACAGCAGCUACUUUGCAGACUGGAUUCCCAACAAUGUGAAGACAGCUGUGUGUGACAUCCCCCCGCGUGGCCUCAUGAUGUCGGCCACCUUCAUCGGCAACAACACUGCCAUCCAAGAACCCUUCAAGCAGUUGUCCCAACAAUUUAGAACCAUGCUCCAGCGCAAGGCAUUCUUGCACUGGUACAUGGCCGAGGGGAUGGAUGAGAUGGAGUUCACUGAGGCUGAGAGCAAUAUAGAUGACCUGCCACCAGCCUUCAGCAAUGCCAGGUUACCAACACUUUUCAACCAUGCCAUUCUGACCUGCCAGAGCCUGCGGGCAACGAAAGGAAAUCCUGACUUAGGGGGCAAUGAUGCGGAAAAAUAA